AUGCGCGAUUUCAAUGAGCAAUGGGAAGCAGCUGUGAGAGAGCGAGAGUGGGAAAAGCAAGAAAUUCACACAUGGCAAGAGGAGCAGCAAGCACUGCUGAGGAAGAACGUUGCUGAAGAACUAGCAUGGCACAAAGCAAAAAUAAGUGCAAGAAAAGACCAAGAGGGUGAAAUCUGGCAUCUCCUCAAAGAUACCUUCAGUAUAUCUCAAGAUGCAGAUUUUAUUGUGCAUCAGCCAGCAGAUCGUGAAGAUGUGUACUCAUAUGAGUAUGAAGAUGGCCCAGGCCCCAACACCCAGAAUCUGGCCUUUGAUCUCAAACACGGAUUUAACACCCCCUGGAAUGCAAAAAUUCUCAAUAUUCUCCUUGAAGAAUUGAAAAAGAGGAGUGUAGAAGAGGAGUGGCCAUUCUGGAGGUCAGAUGGCUAUUAUAAGGCGAUACUCGAAGAUCGCUACAAGUGCCUGUGGAUGGUCUGGAGAGCAGCACAACCAAAGGUUACAGUGAAGGGCAGCUUGGAGACUGCAGCAGAAGUGGAGGGGAGGUUGAUUGCAAAAAGAGGUGAAAAUCUGAAAUCAGUUCAUCAAACAACUUGUUGGCAAAAUAAAUAUCUCCGCAGAGCAAAAGUUCUGCAGCAAGUUAUUGAGCUGAAGAAAGAUGGUGAGGACAAGGACCUACCAGCUUGGCAGUGGCUUCAAAAACUAAUCAAGAUGCUGGGAGAUGGGGGUAUGAGUUCAGAAGAAAGUGAUAUAGAAAACAACGUCAAAUGUGUACUCCGGGUCAAGAACAUGGCAUGGUGUCGCAGGAUAGAGCGAGAACUGAAUAUCAUCGAUAACCAGAGAGUCUUGGAUGAUGAAAUUUUCAUGCCCCAGGGUUCCAAACCAAUGAAAAGAAUAUGCGCAUCAGGAAAUUCAACGACUGUACAGAACCCAGUCACUGGAUUACCCAAGGCCCUAUACAAUGGUGAAUGGUUUGAUGGUCUUACUGGAGGUCAGGUAGAAAGGUUGAAUGUGUCAGAUGAGACAUUCCAAUUUUAG